CGCGGAUCAACAUGGCGCCGCCGUUCGGGGUCGCGGCUCCAGGUUUCAGGGCCAAGUUCAAACACGGAUAGAGAGGGGAAAAGGCCAAUUAACCCUUUAAAAUAUGUCAAUGAAAGUCAAGCGGCACGAAGAAGAGGGGAAAAAGAUAACCAAGUGAAAGACAAUAGCGGGAGACGGAGGAUCUUGCAGGGCGCGUCGUGGGGAGGGUGGGAUGACCGAAAAUACCAAAUAUUGUUAACUGUUGAUAGUUAUUGUCAUCACUCUCUGGAUUUAAUUCGAAACAGGAGAGAAGUAGUCGGCGCUGAAUUGGGCGGGGUCAGUUUAAAGUCUGCAGGUGAGGAAGUGAAGGGGGGAGUUCGUGAAUAAUUGUACUGUAUAAUAAUCUUUAUAAAGUGUGAAGGAGCUAGAUUCUGCCUCCCAGGCAUCAGGUGGAGAGGGUGAGAAGAAUACUCCAAGCCCCAGCAGUGCUGCAGCAUGUAGCUUUGGUGCCAGUGUUUGGAUUUUAAAGCUGUCUCACCAGAGUGGAUAGUGGCACGAUGGACACAGAGGCUGAUGCCAGUGGACUGUCUGUUGACUCCAUCUCAGUUUCCUCCUUGAAGUUGAAUGGUGUUUGCGCACAGUUUAGUGAUGAUGAAGAUGAGGAACUAAGUUCUGAGGGUGGUGAUUUGGAAGUCAAUCCUUUCGAUGGACUCCCUUUUUCCUCUCGGUACUAUGAGCUACUAAAAUGGAGAAAAACUUUGCCAGUAUGGAAUGUCAAAUACCACUUCAUGGAAAGCCUUGUCAACAAUAAUAUGGUACUCGUGUCUGGCAAGCUAGGAUGUGGCAAAAGUACUCAGAUUUCCCAGUGGUGUGCUGAGUAUGCCCUAUCGGUCCAGUAUCAACAUGGAAUGGUGGUCUGCACACAGCCCCACAGUCUGUCUGCCAUGUGUUUAGCACAACGUGUAGCUGAUGAACUGGACUUGAAUGUAGGUCAUGAAGUUGGGUACCGUGUUCCUUAUGAAGACUGCUGCACCACCGAAACUGUUCUCAGGUACUGUACAGAUGAUAUAUUGCUCUGUGAAAUGAUGUCUGAUCCCUUGUUGCAUCACUAUGGAGUUAUAAUUAUUGAUGAAGCCCAUGAACGAACCGUGGCAAGUGACGUGCUCCUUGGUUUAUUGAAAGACUUGCCAAAGCAGAGGCCAGAGCUGAAGGUUGUCAUCAUCACAGCACCAUACCUGGCAGACAGGCUGGCAAGUUACUAUCCUGGUGUGCCUUUUGUUAAAGUAGAGGAUGUCGCAGAAAAUUUGUUUCCUGUGGAUGUCAGAUACAGAGAUGGACAGUUCAAGGACAGUGUCUCAGCUGCUUCACAAACGGUACUGGAUAUCCACAGGAAGGGAGAAGAGGGCAACAUCAUUGUCUUCCUAGCCAAUGAAAAGGAGAUAAUUGACUGCUGUCGAGCUAUACGCACAGAAGGGGGAGCUCUAGGGUCUCAAUUGGGGGAGCUGAUCCCCAUUCCAUUAUAUUCAGGCAUGGGAAGCAACUUCCAAAAAGUUUAUGAAAACUGCAACCAGAACUUCAAAGAUCGCCACAGGAAAAUCAUCAUUGCAGACACUUUAGCUGAUUCUUCAUUUUCCAUUGAUGUUUCUUAUGUAAUCGACUCUGGAAUGGAACAAAAAACUGUAUAUAAUCCUCGCAUUCGGGCUGAUUCUCAGGUAAUUCAACCCAUUAGUAAGAGCCAGGCUGAGCUGAGGAGGCAAAGAUUAGGUCACACCUGCCCAGGGAAGUGCUUCCGCUUGUACUCAGAAACAUUGCAUAAUGAAAUGGUGGAGGUUCCACCGCCUCGUGUUUCUGAAACAAAUCUCAGUCAUCUGGUACUUUUGCUGAAGAGGCUGGAUAUUGCGGACAUGGGACAGUGUGACUUCCUGGACAGACCAGCUCCCGAGGCACUAAUGCAGGCACUGGAAGACCUGGACUAUUUAGCUGCUCUGGAUGAUGAUGGGAACUUGUCAGAAGUUGGAAUCAUUAUGUCGGAAUUCCCCCUGGAUCCCCAGCUUGCCAAAGCGCUUCUUGCAUCUUGUGAAUUUGACUGUGUGAACGAGAUGCUAACAAUAGCUGCAAUGGUAAUAGCGUCACCGUGUUUUGUUGUACCACCGAAACAUUUGGAGGAGUCUGCAGCGAUUCGCAGAAGGGUUCUGCUGCAUCCUGAGGGUGAUCACUUUACGCUCAUCAAUGUCUAUAAUGCCUUCAAACAGCAUAAUGAAGAUGAAACGUGGUGCCUGAAGAAUUAUCUGAGUUACUCUGCUCUGAAGUUGGCCGAUAUAAUUCGAUAUGAGCUUUUGGAGCUGAUGCAGAGAAUUGAGCUGCCAAUUUCCCCACCAAAUUUUGGAAUGGAUGAAAAUGUGCUCAACAUCAAAAGAGCUCUGAUCUCAGGUUACUUCCUCAAGGUAGCCAGAGAUGUCGAUGGGUCUGGAAAUUACUUGAUGCUGAAUCACAAGCACGUGGCUCACCUUCAUCCUAUGUCGUGUUAUCUCACCAGAAAACCUCAGCCACGACCUCCCUCCUGGGUCCUGUAUCAUGAAUUUACCAUCUUCCUAGACAACUGCAUCAGCAUUGUCUCUGAAAUACAGCCUGAGAUGCUGAUUGAGUUUGCACCACAGUACUACCUGAGCAACCUGCCAGCCAGCGAGAGCCGUGACCUGCUCAUGGAACUUCGGGAGAAGGUGAACAGGACUGAACCACUACCUGACGAAGAGCCAGAGGAAGCUGUGAAGGAAGAAGAAAACUUAGAAGCAGUCGAAAAUGAGGAACUCUGCCUCCUUCAGUGAAUGGAAAGAAAGAUAAUACCCUCUGCCCCCCCCCCCCCAUGCGACCAGUUGCUAAAGACAGCUGACCAUCAACUCAACACACACACUACAUGGAACCAGCAUAGGAAUUCUUCCCUCACCAUCUUGCUUCCUUAUUAAAAAUCAAUAAAGAGAAUUUUUAUUUUGCUCUCCCAAGUAAAGGGAUUAAGGUUAGUAAUAACUAACUUUUUGAAGGGAGAUUAAUAAAGACUAGAAUGAAUACUCUGGGGUAAGAGUUGGAGAAUAGAACUAAUUGGUUAGCACUUUCAAAGAACAGAUAAUUUGGGCUGAAUGACUUUGUCCAAUGCUGUUUGAUUUUGAGAUUCUAGUCAGAAGAUAUUUUAGUUCAAAAGAACUAUGAGUCAUUUUCAGUUGAAAGGAUUCCCCCUGACCUAUCUUUUGCCUAUUCCAGCUAGAAACCUGAGGUUAGGUACACUGCCUUACUGGAGCUCACUGCAAAGUGCGUGUAAAGAUCCCUCAUGAAAUGAAUGGGGCAACCUUAAUCUAUUUUCAUUAGUGGCGUGUAGCAUGGAAAUGAGUUUUUUUUUAAUGUAAUUGUGUCAGUACUGCCCUGGAAAUACUAAAAUUCCUCAUAGAUAUGCAGGGGUAUUCUGCUACUGAAAUUGCUGCUGAGGCAAGUUUUAGUUAUUUUAUCAGUAGGAUUUUUACCUUAAUUUUGCCCAGGCAGUGUGGAAGAAUACACUCUUCUUUGCCUCCCUUAGAACACAAAACCCAAUUUCCUUAAAAUGUAACAAUAUAACAAUUACAGCGCAGAAACAGGCCAUCUCGGCCCUUCUAGUCUGUGCCGAACACUUACUCUCACCUAGUCCCACCAACCUGCACUCAGCCCAUAACCCUCCAUUCUUUUCCUGUCCUUAAGAAUUAAAGUGAGAGGCUUAUGAUUUUUUUAAUCUGCUGAUCUCAGCAUAAAUGCUCUUAAAAAGAAAAAAAAUCUGCUGGUUGCUUGAAAUGAACUGUGCACAAUGAUUAGAUAAAACACCUGAUGAAGAAAUUUGUUGUACCAAAUGGCCUCCCUCUGGUGUAUAACGCUUAAAGCUUAAAUGGCUAUUUUACUAUUUUUUGAUAAGUAAACAGUACUGCUGGCCUUGAAACCUCACCUUUACCAUGGGGGAGAUCGUGUGCGGAUGUGUUUCUGUUUGUCUUUGUUUCUAUUUUGUGUGUAUGUGUGUGUGUGUGUUCAUCUGUGUCUGUAUGGGUACCUGUAAAUCAGUACAAAUAAAAAUGUCCCUUGCACUUUGCACAUGAGACAAGCAUAACUGGACAGAGGUAGUGCAGCAAUACAAGAGUCCGAUGCACUAUUUGACUUUUGAAGACGUUGGACACUAAACUGAUUGUAUAGUUAUUAGGAAUUACAACUGGAUUUGUGACUCUCUCCUUUAGUCUUUGUAAAUAGUUUGGUGGUUAUCUCAGUUUUUAUAUCACAAUCUGAACAGCACAUUUCCUUUGGGAAUAUUACAGAUCUGACUGAAGCGGUAGAGCGGCCAACUUGCAAGCAUGUUUGUGACAGGGUUUAAGUUGUUAGCUUCUGAAAGUAGAACAUAGAACAUACUGUAGAGCAUCACAGCACAGUACAGGCCCAUCAGCCCAUAGUGUUGUACUGACCUUUAAACCUACUUUGGGAUCAAUCUAACCCUUCCCUUCUACAUAGUCCUCCACUUUUCUAUGAUCCAUAUGUCUAUCUGAGUUUCCUAAAUGCCCUGAAUAUAUCUGCCUCUACCUCCUCUUUUGUUCCAUGCGCUCACCAAUCUCUGUUUCAAGAGCUUACCUCUGACAUCCUCACUGUAAAAUUAUGUCCCCUUGUUGUCUCUGUCCACUCAAUCUGUUCCUCUUCAAUCCAAGUACAAGGUGACAGAAGGCACUGCAAGUGCUUGAACCUGAAUCAGAAAACCAAUCUGCUGGAAUAUCUCUGUAGGUCAGGCAGCAUCUGUGGAGGGAUGUGGACUGUCAAUGCUUCAGGUUACGACCCUUCAAUCUAUUCUGCAGAAGGGUCUUGACCCAAAAUGUCAGCUGUCCAUUUCCCUCCACAGGUGCUGCCUGAACUGCUGAGAUCCUCCACCAGUUAGUAAUUUGCUUCAGUGUGAUGCAUACUUGCACUGACAGUCAUGAUUAUUCAAAAGGACGGUAGACUACUGCCUUACUGAAUUAUUCUCUUCAUGCUCACCCAACACAGUUUACUUGGAGUGAAAUAGCCAGAGGAAGUGUUCCAUUCUGAGGAUGUGAAUGAAUUAUCAGGGCACCUUGACACCCAUAGAGUAUAUUCUUUAGAUGCUUUUAAUAGUUGAUCUGCGGAACCUUUGCUUUGAACAGUGCCGAAAUUGUACUAUUUAUCUUGAAGAACAUAGAACAUUACAGCACACUAUAAGCCCUUCAGCCCUUUUAAUCUACUCUAAGAUCAAUCUAACCCCUCCGUUUUUCUUUCAUACAUUUGCCUAUCAAAGAGUUUCUUAAAUGUCCCUACGUAUCUGCUUCUACGACCAACCCUGGCAGUGCAUUCCAUGUACCCACCAUUCUGUGUAAAUGAAAACCUAUGUUUGACAUCUCUCCCCCCCCCCCCACCCAAUACAUUCCUCUAAUCACUUUAAAAUAAUAUCCACUCUUUAUUAGGCAUUUUCAUCCUGGGAAAAAGUCUUUGACUGUUUACUCAAUCUAUGCUUUUCCUAUCAUGCAUACCUCUUAUCCUUCUUUGCUCCAAAGGGGAAAAACCCUAUGUCACUCAUCCUAUCUCACCACAAGACAUGCCUUCUAGUCCAGACAGCAUCCUGGUAAAUCUUCUCUGCACACUCUCCAAAGCUUCCAUACAAUAAGGUGACCAGAACUGAAUACAGCUUUCCAAUAGAGCUGCGAUAUUACCUUACAGCUCUAAAUUUUAGAACUAAACCCCUACAAUAGUCUUUUAUUUUCCUGUCAGAAGCCUUCACUGGAACUUUGAAACUUGUACAUUCUGGGCUGUUGCUAAAAAGCAGACCACAGUUUGUAACCUUAUAGCAAAGUGACCAACCCUGUCUUCCUUGGAAAUUAAAUGCACAGUUUUGCUGAUAAGACUAGAUUCUGUGCACUAUAUUGGGUUAACUGCUUGCAAUUUCUUUAAACAGGAGGGGAAUGAUCAUGUUGAGUUCUCAUGCUUGGUUACUCUGCAUCAGGCUGUAAUGAGGAAUGUUAAUGAGGUGUUGAGUGAGUUACCAACUCCUGAAUUAAACAGCAUCCUCUGAGCUCCCAUUAGUUGGGUGUUAGAGUAUCAUCUGAAGAACUUGACACAAUUUGGGCUUCAGGGAGAAUCAGAGCAAGAAGUAUAAAAUUACCUUUUGCAAAGUCACAUCUGCACCUUUUAGUAAUGAUUACAGCCCAACUUUUAUUAUCACAAGAUAUGAAUAAAUGUGAAUUGUUGGAUAGUAUGAUUUUAAAAUAAAUCAGUAUGUUGAGCCAAUGUUUCUCAGCCACAAAUGUCAGCACUGUAGUCUAUCCACUGUUAAUGAUAGCUUUAAAAUCAAUAUUUUAACAAAGUCCAAUUGAGGCUGCUCUGAAUAGGAUUUUUUUUUAAUGUUUGAACACCAGUUCUCAAUUAUUUCAUCUUGAGGAGUGGGGUCAGGAGAAGCACCUCAAUUAAUCUGCAGCCUAAUUUGUAAGUCAUAAGACAUGGGGACCAAAUUAGGACAUUUGGCCCAUCAAUUCAGUUUCACCAUUCCAUCAUGGCUAAAUUAUUACCUCCUCAACCCUAUUCUCCUGUCUCUUCCCUAACUUUUGACACCCUAACUAAUAAAGAACCUAGUAUCUUAUGCUUUAAGUAUACCAAAUGAUUUGACCUUCACAGCCAUCUAGGGCAAUGAAUUCCACAGAUUUGCCACCCUAUGGUUAAAAGAAUUCUUCUACAUCUCUGUUCUCAUGGGAUGCCCUUCCUUUUUGAGACUAUGCCCUCUGAUCCUUGACUUCCCCACUACUGGGGAAAAUCUUCUGCACAUCCACUCUAUCUCAGCCUUUCAAUAAGAUGCAAUGAGAUUCUUCCCCCCCCCCCAAAAUUCUUCUAAAUUCCAAUGAGUACAGGCCCAGAGCCAUCAAACACUUCUGUGUUAACCCUUUCAUUCCUGGGACUAUUCUCAUAAAUCUCUGGGCCCUCUCUAUCACCAGGACAUUCUUCAUUAGAUAUGAGGCCCAAAACUGCUCUCAAUACUCCAAAUGGAUUCUGACCAACACUGCCUCAGCAUUACAUCUUCACCUUUACAUUCUAGUCCUCUUGAACUGCUGCUGGAAAAAGUUGUAGAGCAGUCUCUUUCAGACCCAGUGUCAAGGCAGCUGAUACAUAAAGUCAAGCUCAGGACUUAGUGAAACUGGCAGGUCUCCUGCUCUGGACGAAGGGAGAUGACCCGAGGCAGACUUCAGCUCUGAACAUCUGAAUUGCUCCUCAUCUAUUGAAGCCAGUGGAGAUAGGGUUGUAAAUGGUGAUUGCAAUUUCUAGUCAGAGGUGAUGUAGAUAAUUAUAACAUUAGACAUAUGUUUCAAGAUUGGGUUUCAUUUUAACAUAAGGCAGAAUGUGCUGCUUUAUGUCUUGGCAAAAGAACUUUGUCCAUCAAGAAAAGGAAUCAAAUUAAAGUAACUUCAUAAUUUCCUUUACAAAGAAUGAUCAUUUAUUCCAGAUAACUCUUUGUAACUGUGGUUAAAAAUGCAAAUUGGUAUAUUAACGAGUACAUCAGCAGAGAGCAGAUUGCAAAAUAGACAUUUGUACUGAGCCAGCUUGCAGCAUAAUUUACAUCCACAUGAUGAAUCGUUCUUGCUCAUUACAGGAUCCUUUAAAUGCAUGAAGAUUAUACUCUCGAUUGCCAAAUCAUCCUUUGGUUUUAAAACUCUCAUGCCUUGCGGAUGGAGAAAAGUUAAUGGUCUGAAAAGAGUAACAGAGCACUAUGUCAGAGAAACAGGCUCUUCACCCCAUCCACUUCAUGUCAAACUAUUAUUUAUUCUGCCUAGUCCCAUUGACCUCCACCUGCACCAUAGUGCUCCCUACCAGCCCCCCAUCCAAAUACUUAUCCAAACUUCACUUAAUGUUGAAAUCAAACCCACAUCCACCAAUUCCACACUCUCAGCACACUCUGAGUAAAGAAGUUCCCCCUCAAGUUCACCUAAAAUAUUUUAGCUUUUACCCUUAACCCAUGACCUCUAGUUCUCAUCUCACCCAACCACAGUGGAAAAAGCCUGCUUGUAUUUACCCUAUCUAUACCAUUCAUAAUUCUAUAUAUCUCCAUGCCAUCUCCCCUCAUUCUCCUACUCUCCCAACGAUGGUUCUCUGUCACCACACACAAAAUGCUGGUGGAACACAGCAGGCCAGGCAGCAUCUAUAAGGAGAAGCACUGUCGACGUUUCGGGCCAAGACCCUUCGUCAGUCCUGAUGAAGCUUAUUGUGCUUGAAUUUCCAGCAUCUGCACAUUUCCUCGUCGAUGGUUCUCUGUCAUUCAGGUCAUGAAGUCCUUAUCUUUGCAAAUUUCCACUGUAUUCUUUCAAUCUUAUUGACAUCUUUCCUUUAGAUAGAUAAUCAGAACUGCACACAAUACUCAAAAGUAGGCCUCUUACUGCCUGUUACACUGCUAGCUUUUAGGGCAGCAUGAGGGUCCUUCAUCUCUCGCAGUGUUCAGGUCUUCCUUCAUCAUGUCCUCUUUUCACUACUGUUGGUCAUGAACGUCCUGCAUGGAGACUUUGGAAUACUAUCACACACAGGUGUAUAAGUAUUCUUCUUUGCUGUUUCUGUAACAAUUGUUUUUACCAGUCAGGGUUGUUAGCCCUGAGAAAUUAGGCCUCACCGAUACAACUUCAAUGUAGCAUCCUAAUGCGGAGUGAAGUAGAAAACAAAUUAAGUAUGUCUCCUGUGUAAGGUCAUCAGCAUAUCACUGUGGAUUUGAUGGGGGAGUGGCAUAUAAGUGUAUGGUGAAACUUGGUGACUAGCAAGCAGUGAUGUAGCAGUCAACAGCCGGGCCCAUGCAUUGAAAUCUAAGAAAAUGUUAGGAGUAACUCGGAGUAAGACUCCAACAAUGUUUCCAGGUGAAAGCUUUAUAUAAUUUAUUUGAAAGGGCAUCAUGGUUCUCUUCACACAAUUUUGGGACUGUCCUUUAUGUAAUUUAUUUUCUACAUGUGCCAAUUGCACAGAAGGUGGAUUCUGCUGUGCUAUGAAUGAAUUUGGAACUAACUGAAAAUAUUAGGCAUUGCUGCUGUAUUUAUUUUGGUUUACUCUCUUUCUAUCGAGAAUACAGGUCCUAUAAGCACUCAUGGAUAUUUCCUUUGAAUCAAGGAAGAAUUUCGCUGUAAACUUUAGUCUAUUGUAAAGUUAUCGUACUUUCAAGAAUGUCAUGUAGACAUGUAAAAUUAAGUAAUACCUUUCAGUGGUGGCGGUAAUGUCAAUUUUAAUGAUUACAAAAUGAAAUAAAGCCCUUUUUGUUGCAUUUUUCUUA